GCAGAUGCAAGCACUCCAACAUUUUUUUUUUUGUACCUCAACUUCUUUUAUCUCCGCCUCUCAGUCGAACAGAAUUAGCAUACCAUUUUAAAAUUUCCUCUUAUAUUUACCCAGACAGGAAAUCCACGAUAAUUCCGGCAAGUGCUGUCCUCCUCUCCCGUGUGGCUUUACCAUCUCCCCUAAUUCGACCGAUUUAUCCAUUCAAGCCGAUCUGGAGUUAUACACUGCCGCGCUUCUCCGAGCUAGCUUUAGCCUGAGGGUUGUGUUCUUACAGCUCCCCAAGCUCGAUGCUUUUCAAUUCCUCAAGUUGCUUCUUCUGUAUCAUUUUCCUUUUAGUAGCAGUCAGAGGACCCGAACUUUGCUGGUAACACUAAUUCCUUGUCGGCCGGUUCAAGGAAGAAGGGAACUUUGAAGGCGGAGGCAGAGCUGAUUGGUUUCCUGAUAGGGAACCUGGUCUGGCUUCCAGAGUGUGAAAAUCUUAUUUUGGAUUCGGCGGACAUAAACUGUUUUCUACUCGACUAUGCAGCUGAUUUGGUUUCUUGGAGUGUGAAAUGUGAGCCUUUUUUGAAGUGGAUUAGGUAGGAUUCCUAGGCAAGUCUUUUAUUAUCGCAAAAGGUUUUUUAGGGGUUUGGGAUCGACGCGGAGGCGGCGGACAUGUGCACGAUAGGUUCCUGUUACUUUCUGCGUGUUUCCUGAGCUUGUUAGAGUGCUGCUAUGAAGCUCUCGACUGUGGGAAUCGUGGUCCAGCAGGAGGAGGAAGCAGGGGGGGACAAGAGAUGCUUGAACUCCGAGCUUUGGCAUGCUUGUGCUGGUCCUCUGGUGUGUCUACCCAAUGUCGGCACUCGUGUAGUCUACUUUCCGCAGGGCCACAGUGAGCAGGUUGUGGCUUCAACCAAUAAGGAGGUUGAGGGUCAUAUUCCUAAUUAUCCAAAUUUGCCACCUCAGUUGAUCUGUCAACUACACGAUGUGACUAUGCACGCCGAUGCUGAGACUGAUGAGGUCUACACACAGAUGACUUUGCAGCCUUUGAAUCCGCAGGAGCUCAAAGAUACUUACCUUCCAGCCGAGAUGGGGCUGCCAAGCAAGCAGCCCAUGAAUUAUUUUUGUAAGACUUUGACAGCAAGCGAUACAAGCACUCAUGGAGGGUUUUCUGUUCCUCGUCGAGCAGCUGAAAAAGUUUUUCCUCCCCUGGACUUUUCUCAACAGCCACCUGCACAAGAACUGAUUGCUAGAGAUAUUCAUGAUGUUGAUUGGAAGUUCAGGCAUAUCUUUAGAGGACAACCAAAACGGCAUCUUCUCACCACGGGCUGGAGUGUUUUUGUUAGUGCUAAGAGGCUUGUUGCUGGUGAUUCUGUUUUAUUUAUCUGGAAUGAGAAAAAUCAGCUUCUGUUGGGAAUCCGACGGGCUAAUCGGCCACAAAAUGCUGUACCUUCUUCUGUUAUAUCGAGUGAUAGCAUGCAUAUUGGACUGCUUGCCGCUGCAGCACAUGCUGCUGCAACAAAUAGUCGUUUCACCAUUUUUUACCACCCAAGGGCUUGCCCUUCAGAGUUUGUGAUACCACUAUCAAAAUAUGUUAAGGCUGUCUUUCACACUCGUGUCUCAGUUGGCAUGCGUUUUAGGAUGCUUUUUGAAACGGAGGAGUCAAGUGUUCGUAGGUAUAUGGGUACAAUAACAGGAAUAAGUGACUUGGAUCCUAUACGUUGGCCGAAUUCCCAUUGGAGAUCAGUGAAGGUUAAUUGGGACGAAUCAACUGCAGGUGACAGACAAUCCAGAGCAUCUUUAUGGGAAAUUGAGCCUUUGACAACAUUUCCAAUGUAUCCGUCACUGUUCCCUCUCAGGCUUAAAUCACCUUGGUACACUGGAGUAUCCUCUCUAAAUGACUACAAUUUAGAUGAUGGGAAUGCAUACAUGUGGCUCAGGGGGAGCUCUGGUGGAGCUAUUAGGUCUUUGAAUUUUCAAUCUCCUGGAAUUGGUUCCUGGGAGCAGGUUCAGCCGCAAUUGGCUAAUAAUCACAGUCCUUACCAAGCAAUGGAUGCUGCAGGUUUUGAUAUUGGGGGUAUGGAUUCACUGAGGCAGCCAUUUCUGAACUUCCAGCAGCCAUUUCAGUUCCCUCAACAGUUCUGUGUGAACCCUUUUCUGCAGCAGCAAAUUAUUCAGCAAGCUCACCAUCAUGAACAAAUCAUGAAUUCUGAGUCUCAAUGUAUGUUAGAUCAUCAACCUAACAUUACUUCAAAUCAACUGCUGCAACCGCCAUACAGUGAUCAGCAGAAGCAAAAAGUUCAGCAGCAUUCAACUUACCAGGAACUUUUUCAAGUUCAAAACAAUAAUAUAGAACAGCAGCAGCUGCCACUAUCUUCUCCAUCAUCUCAAAAGCCUUUAUUUCUUGAUUCAAGUGUGAACUUCUCAUCAGUUUCAACACCCAGCUGCAUACAGAAUUUGUCAGCAACUUCUUAUCCAGAAUCAAAUGCUAAUAACUUGAACUUUGCAAGUCCUGCCCAGACAAUGCUGGCUGAGCAGCAUCAGCAAAAAUGGGAUCCACAGUUUGCGCCAAAGGUUUCUUCUUUUGGUAAUUCAGUUUUACCUCAACCAUUUCAUUGCAAAGAUGGUACGAAGGAAUCUGUUGUCUCUGCUUCUGAUACACAAAACCAAAGCCUAUAUGGUAUCAAUGUUGGUUCCUCCUCUCUUCUUGGCAAUGUUGUGCCUAAUCUAAUUAAUGGCAACAAUAAUGACAAUGGGGUUUCUGGCAUGCCAUUUACCACGUCUUAUCUUCAAAAUUCUCUUUAUCACAGCCUUGAUGAAUCAUCAAGUAUAUUGCAGCAUGCAUAUGAGAUUGAUCCAUCAAUCAAAACUUUUGUAAAGGUUUACAAGUCAGGAUCCGUUGGAAGGUCACUGUUCAGCAACUACACUGAAUUGCGCAAAGCACUGGGUCAGAUGUUUGGUAUUGAGGGUCAACUUGAAAACCCUCUUAGAUCAGGCUGGCAGCUUGUAUUUGUUGACAGGGAGAAUGACGUGCUUCUCCUUGGAGAUGAUCCCUGGGAAUCAUUUGUGAACAAUGUGUGGUGCAUCAAAAUACUUUCACCAGAGGAUGUUCAGCAAAUGGGGCAGCAGGGCGUUGACUCCAGCUAAUUUCCUUCUGAGUUUCAGUAAAAACUAAUGGUCUACCCCCAGCUGAGAUCUCCGCAGGUCUUCGACGGAAGACUACUGUCUGUUGUUGAGCGUAGUAUGGCUGUAAAAUCUGCAUAAAAUACAUAUAUUUAUGCAAUACAAUCCCUUUUCUUGUGAAUGCCCAUGCAACCUUCCCAUUGGCUUUCAAUUCACUCAUCUCCAAUAGCAAUGCUCUCUUAGCCGUUCCAUGUGCUUUUAGAUAGUAUAUUGUAUGGUCUUUCUUAUUUAAUUAUAAUUUGUGAAAAACAAAGUGUUCUAUAAUAUUACUAAUGCUUGGAUCUGCAAUUUGUAGUACUGGAAAAUAUUGACAUAUCCAUCAUAUGAAGCUCCUGUAAUGUAAGUAGGACUUUGGAACGAUUAACGUCUGCAAUUUGUAGUACUAAAUAUCCCACAAUGUUUAUCUAGGAUGAAAAUAAAUUUUUUUUUAUCCAUAACGUAUUAC